AUGGACUCGGCGCCUGCCCAAGUCAAUGGAGGUCAAACUACUGCUGCCGAGUUACCUCCGGAGGCAAUAGCGCUUGCAGGAAGAAUGUUCGAUGCUGCGAGGAAGGGAGACGAGCAAAGCAUAGCCCUACUGACACAAGCACUCGCUAGAGGCUUGCCAGCAAAUCUGACGAACGGCAAGGGCGAUUCACUGAUCAUGCUAGCAGCCUACCACGGUCACGCGAAUCUAGUCCGUCUCCUGCUACAACACCACGCGGACGCAAACAGACUGAACGAUCGAGGGCAGUCACCACUGGCGGGUGUUGUUUUCAAGAACGAGCGCGAAUGUGUCGAGGCACUACUUGAGGGUGGUGCUGAUCCGCGGAUAGGUGAACCAUCUGCGUUGGAAGCGUGUAAAGUGUUUAAACAGGAGGAGUUUGAAGCUAUGUUUUUGGAGCAGGCUGACAAGUUGAGGAGGACUGGGAAUAGUGCUGUCAAUGGUGCGUCGUGA